AUGCAACUACAAAUAUUGCCGGGUCGUGCGUGUGAGGAUGUGAUGGCAGCUGUUGAUGAGGCUCGAAAGCGAAAGGAAGAAGAAUUGACCGCGAUUGUCAUUCGCAGAUGCCGUUGUGGAGUGGAAUUCACAAAAGACGGAGACUCAAUGCUAUGUUUGUCGCCAAAUUGGAAUCAAUCACGAUCAUUUGGGAUAUUGUGCAAAUCUUGGAACGCGAUGAACAGGAACGAAUCAAUGCUAUUAAUACCGGAAGAUCAGGUCGACAGGUUGCGC